AUGGACAAGUCCAAGGCUAUUAAUGUACUGCGUGGAAUGAAGUUUAUGCAGCGCAAAGAGGAGGCUAAGCGUCGAGCGCUAUAUGAAAUCGAACAGCAAAAUCAAAUCGAGCAACACUUGCGCGAGCUUGACGCGGCAAAUGAAGCGGAUUUGCCCUCAUCGGCUCCCUCAGCCACCUUGCCGCCGCCGAUUAUCAUUCGCAAUUCGCCCUUCCCCCGAAGCGGAUACCUCAUGGCGUGUCGGACGUUCGAUUUUAACCCCAACGAAGUCGUGACGCCGCCUGUCGAGGAGUUCCACCCUCGUGAAACCCCAAUCGCGCGCUCCCCCCCACGAGCGAGAAGUGAAAGUCGCGGUGCUACGGAGGAUCUGUGGGAGGAGGACGAGGAGGGUAAGAAAGAAGAAGAGGUAGACCCCUCCGCGCCUUUGUGGGCCCCCACCCCUGUGGCGACGUCCAACGCGGCUCCCGUUCAACCGGCCAGGACGGAAACGAAACGCGAAGGCGGGGGGCGUUUUCACCCCCCCAACGCGAUCAACGCGCCGAAGCUGCCGAAGCGCCUCGCGAAGGAAAUGAUGGCGCGCCAGGGAGGCAGCAAGCGGCGCCGGAAGGAUGCGGACGACGGGGCGCCCGUCGAGGAGUCGUAA